GCCGCUGCGCGAACAUGGCUGCCACCGCGGCCGUAAAGAUUGGAAUUAUUGGUGGAACGGGCCUGGACGAUCCAGAUAUCUUAGAAGAAAGAACAGAAAAAUAUGUUGAUACUCCCUAUGGCAAGCCAUCAGAUGCUUUGAUAUUGGGAAAGAUAAAAAAUGUGGACUGUGUACUGUUGGCAAGACAUGGAAGGCAUCAUACUAUUAUGCCAUCAAAUGUAAAUUACCGUGCCAAUAUCUGGGCAUUGAAAGAAGAGAACUGUUCACAUGUUCUAGUGACUACUGCUUGUGGUUCAUUACGAGAAGAAAUACAACCUGGGGAUCUUGUCAUAAUUGACCAAUUCAUUGAUAGGACAACUAAAAGACACUGUACUUUAUAUGAUGGUCAGUCUUGCAGUCUCUCAGGAGUAUGUCAUAUUCCAAUGUCAGAGCCAUUCUGCACCAAAACCAGAGAGGUUCUUAUUGAGAUUGCAAAGAAACUUGGGCUCCAGUGUCAUUCCAAGGGGACAAUGAUCACCAUUGAAGGCCCACGCUUCAGUUCUCGAGCAGAAAGCUUGAUGUUUCGCAGCUGGGGAGCUGAUGUUAUCAACAUGACCACAGUGCCUGAAGUGAUUCUUGCAAAAGAAGCUGGAAUGAGUUAUGCAAGUAUUGCUAUGGCAACAGAUUAUGACUGCUGGAAGGAGCAUGAAGAAGCAGUUUCGGUGGAUAAAGUUUUAAAGACACUGAAAGAAAAUGCAAACAAGGCUACUAGCAUCCUCCUGACUGCUAUACCUCAGAUAGGUUCCAUGGAAUGGACAGACACCCUGCACACCCUCAAAACAACUGUGCAGUGUUCAGUCAUUCUGCCAAAGCAGUAGCUGCCUGGAUGGACUCUGAGGUUUGGAUCAUCAGCAGGAAGAGUGGGCUGCUUUUGAGUUUUCUGACCUUACAUAUUUGAAAACUGUUUAAAGCUUGUUAGAAUGGUUUAAGCCUUAAGAAUAAUAGUGCAUAAGUCAGCUUUUUAAAUGGCUAAAGUUAGAUUUUAAGUAUGUUUUUAGCUUGGAAUAUGUUUUUCUAUCUGACUUCAUGGGAUCGAAGAAAGCAGAUUCAUCUACGUGUACAUUAGUUGCUUUGUUGUUUCUGCCUCAUAUUGUUUCCUUUAACAAUGACAAUAGUUGUCAUUCAUUUCAGAAACAAACCGGAAAAGUUGAAUGUGAUAUUUCAAAAUAAACUAUUUUUAUACAUUAUCCAUAUUUUCAUUUCAAUAUUUUUUUAAUACGUAGGUUUUUUUUUUCAGUAGUGUGCUAGAAGAAAUAGCUUAAUAAUCAUGGUACUUUCACAGCAGCAGCUGUGAGCGAUUAAAAUGUUAGCAAAUGCCUAAGCCAAGUUUGUGCUAGAGAUGUACUUAUGUGACCUAAACAAGUAUAUGAGAAUUGUCUUCUUCUCUGCCACACCUCUGCCCUGUUCCGGUGUGCUGCUGCUUCGCAGGUCUGGACAGCUCUGUCUGGAGUUUCUGUUUCAAGUGAUGAAUGUAUUGAGUGCUUUGAAUGUUUGUAUUCAUUAACGCACAGUGAUGCUUCAAUAAAGGAACCUUCUUUUUCUUGUUUAAAAAAUAAAUGAAACCUAUGCUUCUCCA